AUGGCUAAAGAUGCAUUGUUGCAGACAAAAGAAUGCGCACGUGAACUCGAAUCAGUUUUACGUCGAAGAAGAGGUGAAUCGGUUAUCGCCAACGAGCUUCGAAAAUGCUCGAGUUCUAGGAAGUUGAUAAAGAAAACAAUUCACAAGGCAUUGAAGGGAAUCAAAAGGAAGUGUUCUAAGCAAUGUGAGGAAAAUUCAGCAGUGACAUAUAGUACUGUUGAAUCAGUAUUGUUCUUCAUUGCAGGACAAAAGUUGAUAUCAAAGUUGAGUCCUUGGUCUUUGGUCUCCAAGCUGGUACAACCCUAA